AUGGCCGCCGCAUCAGCGCUUUCUCAAGGUGCCCUUGACGUGAUCUUCAAUGAUCCCGAUAAAGCCGCCAAGCUCUUCCCUGUACCAGUUCUGCAAUGUCUCCAAGUCAAGCAGAUGGCCCCUUCGGCCCAAGGAGGAGACAGAUUCCGCCUUGUCAUGAGCGAUGGCCAGCACUAUGUCCAGACUAUGCUUGCUACUCAAGCAAACCACGUUGUUCACGAUAAUAAGCUGGUCCGAGGUUGCAUCGCCCGAAUCAAGCAAUACACACCCAACAACCUGAAGGGCAAGAAUAUCCUCGUCAUCCUCGAUAUCGAAGUCAUCGAAUCUCUGGGCGUACAGGAAAAGAUUGGCGAGCCGUCUGCUGUCGACUCGAAGCCAGCUGGCCAAGAGGGCGCCAUCGCCGGAGGCGAUUUCUACGGUGUCAAGAAGGAGGAAUCGAAGACACAGCCUCAGCAAUUCCAACAACAACCACAGCAAUCGAUGCCCUCAAGACCUGCCACGCACGGUGGUAGCAACAUCUACCCCAUUGAGGGUCUGUCGCCCUUUGCACACAAAUGGACCAUCAAGGCCCGAGUCACUGCCAAGUCCGAUAUCAAGACAUGGCACAAGGCCACUGGUGAGGGCAAGCUUUUCAGUGUCAACCUUCUCGACGAGAGCGGUGAGAUCAAGGCUACUGGUUUCAACGAUCAGUGCGAUGCUUUCUAUGAUCGCCUGCAGGAAGGCUCAGUUUACUACAUCUCUACCCCCUGCCGAGUCCAAUUGGCCAAGAAGCAAUUCUCCAACCUGCCCAACGAUUAUGAGCUUACAUUCGAACGCGAUACCGUUAUCGAGAAGGCAGAGGACCAGACCAAUGUGCCUCAAGUAAGAUUCAACUUCUGUUCGAUUCAAGAAUUACAGAGCGUGGAGAAGGACAACACUGUCGAUGUUAUUGGUGUGUUGAAGGAGGUUGGCGAGGUUGGAGAUAUCACAUCAAAGAAGGAUGGCCGACCUUUCCAGAAGCGAGAGUUGACUCUGGUAGAUGACACUGGCUUCUCGGUCCGUGUCACUAUCUGGGGCAAGAACGCUAACUCGUUCGAUGCCGCUCCUGAGUCCGUAGUCGCCUUUAAGGGCACAAAGGUGUCAGACUUUGGCGGCAAGAGUCUCAGUCUCCUGUCUUCUGGUACAAUGACCGUCGAUCCUGACAUUCCUGACGCUCACAGACUCAAGGGCUGGUACGACUCUACUGGCCGAACAGAUACAUUCGCUACUCAUCAGAACAUGGCCUCUGUGGGUAGUGCUACUGGACGAAAGGAAGAUCUCAAGACCAUCGCUCAAGUCAAGGACGAGAAUCUGGGCAUGGACGACCAGGCUUACUACACAAUCAAGGCGACCAUUGUUUUCGUCAAGCAGGACAACUUUUGCUAUCCCGCUUGUUUGUCGCAGGGUUGCAACAAAAAGGUCACACAGAUGCCCGAUGGCACAUGGCAAUGUGAGAAGUGCAAUAUCUCUCAUGAAAAGCCCGAGUACCGGUAUAUUCUGUCAUUGAACGUUGCCGACCACACCAGCCAUCAAUGGCUCAGCUGCUUCGAUGAUUCUGGCCGACAAAUCGUGGGCCGAACAGCUGACGAGAUGAUGGAGCUGAAGGAAAACGACGACAACAAGUUUAUGGCGGCGUUUGAGGAAGCCAACUGUAAGAAGUUCACCUUCCGAUGCAGAGCCAAGAUGGACAACUUUGGCGAGGCUCAAAGGAUACGAUAUCAAGUCAUGACCGUGGCGCCCUUGAACUUCAAGUCUGAAGGCGAAAAGCUUAGCGAGUUGAUCAAGCAGUACGAGGACAGCUCGCUAUGA